UGCUGUGUGUCACGGACAGCAACUGUGUUUGCUCUCAGUCGUCUCUGUAACAGCAGAAACUGUACUCACCAGAGGUGAUCUGUAUUCAAAAUGAUAAAGAGAAAGCCAUCCAAUGCCUCAGAGAAGGAGAAACACCAAAAACCGAAGCGCAGCAGCAGUUUUGGGAAUUUUGAUCGUUUUCGGAAUAAUUCCAUGUCAAAAUCUGAUGACUCAAUCAAGGUCCAUGACGGGGAACUGACAAAUGGAAGUGAAGAACAAAGCAAGACUUUAAGCAAUGGAGGAAGUCUAGGUAAAAAAGUGAGGGCUAUUUCAUGGACAAUGAAGAAAAAAGUAGGAAAAAAAUACAUCAAAGCUCUUUCUGAAGAAAAAGAGGAGGAAAGUGGAGAGGAAGCCCUCCAAUAUCGGAACAGUGAUCCCGUGAUUGGAACACAUACAGAGAAGAUCUCCCUCAAAGCCAGCGACUCUAUGGACAGUCUUUACAGUGGGCAGAGCUCAUCAAGUGGAUUAACCAGCUGUUCAGAUGGAACAAGUAAUCGGGACAGCUUUCGACUGGAUGAUGACAGCCCCUACUCAGGGCCAUUCUGUGGCCGUGCCAAAGUGCACACAGACUUCACACCAAGUCCCUAUGACACUGACUCCCUUAAAAUCAAGAAAGGAGAUAUCAUAGACAUUAUCUGCAAAACACCGAUGGGAAUGUGGACGGGGAUGCUGAACAAUAAAGUGGGGAACUUCAAGUUUAUUUAUGUGGACGUUAUCUCAGAAGAGGAAGCAGCUCCUAAGAAAACAAAGGUCCCCAGAAGCAGUAGGAGAGAGAACCCCCAGAAUCUCCAGGAGUUCUUAGAGAGGAUUCACCUUCAGGAAUAUACUUCAACACUUCUGCUCAAUGGUUAUGAGACCCUGGAUGAUUUGAAGGAUAUCAAAGAAAGUCAUCUCAUUGAAUUAAACAUUGCCAAUCCAGAAGACAGGGAGAGGCUAUUGUCUGCUGCCGAGAGUCUCCUGGAUGAAGAAACUUCUGCAGAGCACGAAAAGGAACCUGUGCCUCUGUCCUCAAACCCAGACAUCAUAAGGGAAUCGCAGGUAGAUGACUGCCCGAGGGACUCUGGCUGUUACAUCUCAUCAGGAAACUCAGAUAAUGGUAAAGAAGAUCUGGAGUCAGAAAACCUGCCUGUCAUGAUACAGAAGAUUGCCAUUAGAGAGCCCAGUGACUGAACACACACUCGCAUGUCCACACUCACAGCUGAAUUCCAUUUGAACUCUUUGUCUGUUACAGGAUUAAAUGGAAGGGUUCCAAAUGCAUCCUAAAAAGCAGAGUGUUGACUGCUCUGAAUGACUGUACCUGCAAAUUUAUAUCUCUCACUUACCAAUGAGUGUGCAUAAAGUAUAUAUUUAUUAAAUACUAUGUGUUAAUGUUUACCUGCCCAUAUUAGAAAAAAGAUAUAAUGCAAGCCCAUGUGUGGUAUGUACUGUAUUUACCUCUAUUUCAUAAGUGUAAAAAAUGUAGACAUGGAGACCAUGUACUAAUAUAUAUAUAUAUUAUUGAAUAUGUUCUAGAAGGAGUUUAAGCUGAAGUAAUUUCUACAGGUAGAAUAUAUACUCAUUUUUUAAUUACUAGGAAAAUGGAGACUGAGUUUAGAGACUAUUGUAUUCAAAGAUUGAGUUUUAGUAAGAAUUUUCUGUUUGUCUCUUCACUCUGUUAUCUGAUAUAAAUAUAUAGUUAACAAUAUACUGCCUGUUUUGGUCUAGUAAACAUAGUUGUAGAGGUAUUUUAUCUUUGUAUGUAAAUAUUUUUAAAAUUUCCUAUACCCUAAUAAUAAUAAUAAAAUAAACUAUGUACAUAUUA